AUGAGGCUCGAAGCAAGGACCGUCGUACCCCCAUCGCUUGACGCUGUCAAGAUGGAGGAUCGCAAACGGCCCAUUGCUGACGACUCAGCUCCUCCUGCUAAGAGGCAAGCCGUGACUGUCAACGGUGCCCGCUCCCACCCAGAUGCUGACGUGCCGUGGAAAGAUGACAUGGAGGCUUUCCAGAAAGACGCCAUCCUGAGGCAGAUGCGCGAGUUCAAACGCGAGAAAGCAACCGUCGAGUCGCAGCUCAGUGAGCUGGAGUCGCGCACCAAGUACCACGACGACCAUCUCCGCACAAUAGACGCUUGGUUUGAUCAGCUAGUCGAUGACAUCAAACUCCUGGGCGCCGACACACUGCCUGCUUCAUCAAGGGACCUGGCCUCGAGGGAAUCACUUCCAGCUGCCAUCUUCUUCGAGGAUAGCACACUGUUCAAGAAGCACCUCUCCAGCCGCCAGGAAAAGAUCUUGUCGUCACUCUCCGGGGUGUUUGCAGCCUUUCCCCCUAGUAGCCCUGACGUUGCAACUUUGCAACAAAAACUUUCUCAGCUGCUAGCCCACGAAAAGGAACAUGUCGUUCAGCUCCAAAGCGUCAUGACUGAGAAGGAGCAACUGUCAGACCGUCUAGAUACUGCGACCCACCGUUAUCUUGUGGCUGAGAAGAAGAUUGAUCGGCUAAAGAGUCAACAAGUCCAGAAACUCGAGCAACAAGCUGUUGCCACAACUCAUGUCAAAGAGGAAACAUCUUCAACCAGCAAUGGCACUGAGGCUGCCAACGGUCAUUCUCCUGGCCCAGUCAGUGAAGAGCUGGAGACUGCAAGGAGGCAAGCCGUGGCUGAAGCAGCGAAACGGAAAGAGCAACUCGAGGAAAUUGAGCUAGUUAACAAGAAGCUCACUGAGGAACUUACGUCCCUGAAAGUCAAACUUACCGGCCUCUCAGACGACGAUUAUGCCAAAACCGAUCUUUUCAAGGCUCUGAAGCAUCAGCACGAGGAUGUUAUCAAGCGCAUCAACAACCUGGAGGCGACGAAUAUCCAAUUACGUGAAGAAGCCCAAAAGUACCAGGCGGAACGAACAGCGUAUCGCAUCAAGGUCGAUGAUGAGGUUCGUGGAGCCCUUGCUGAAUCGGAAAGUAAUGUCUCUCAGGCGGAGGCAAACCUUGCGAGGAUACGAAGUGCGCGAGACGAGCUGGUUGCCAAGAAUGCCAUACUUGAAAGCAGCCACAAGGAUACCAAAGCGUCUGUUCAGCAAUCAAAGGAGUUGGUCAGCGCGUGCGAGAGUCGGAUUGCCGCUCUUGAGUCAGAAUGCGAACGAUUGCGCUUGCAAAUCUCGGAGCAACGAAGCACUGAAGAGUCGCCACCCCAGAUGGACGAACUGACCCCAGAGCAAUUGCGCGCCAAGGUGAGCAACCUUGAGAAUCAAUUGAAGCUGCUCAGCAACGAAUUGCCAUCAAUAGAAACAGCAUGGAAGAAGGCACAAGCGAUAGCCAGUAAGAAGAUUGCAGAUAUUGCCGCUAACGAAGAGAGCAUUGCAAAAGCACACGCGGAUAAAACCAAGGCAGAUCAAAAGUUCUUCGCUGCUAUGAAGGCCAAAGGAGAACUAGAACAGCAGGUCCGAAUAUUUCGCACUCAAGCAACCAAAUCUACGGAAGUGAUUGCUCAACUGAAAGACGCAGACUCGUUGAGUCGGUCCCUUGUCGAUAAGUUGGAGAAGCAAUGUGCAGAGAUGCGUUCGCAGAUGGACGAACUCUCAAUCCAGCACCGCCAAUUGCAGCAAAAAGUCAGCGAGAAUGCCAUCACGUCUGAAGGUCACGUCAGCCAAAUUGCAGAUUUGAAGAAGAUUGUUGAGACGAAAGAUGCCGCCUGCUUAGCUGCUAAACAUGCGCAACGCGAAGCCGAAGUUAAGAGAGACGAAAUGAGCGCACAGAUUGUUGGCCUUGAGAAGCAAGUGCAAACAUGGAAGAAGAAGAGCUCUAGCAAUCAAAGCUCUGAGACCGCCAUGAUGGAGGCAAUGAUUCAAUGUCAGAUAUGCAAAACUAAGAUUAAGGAUACUCUGAUCAAGACAUGCGGACACGUUUUCUGUCACGUCUGUGUUCAGGAUCGUCUAAACAACCGAGCGAGAAAGUGCCCGAAUUGUGGCAAAGCCUUUGGAGCCAACGACACGAUGAAGAUCCACCUUUAG